UUUUUGCUCAACCUUCUAUUUAUUUAUUUACGGUUACGAUUUGUCGCCCUUGUAUUUUAUAUUAAUUCAAUUCAUAUAGACAAUCCUUGCUCAUGGAUUAUUCACGGCCGCGUGUGCGGCUUGGCGCCAGCAGCAGCACCAUACUCGGCGGUUCUAAUGGCAGUGGCGGCGGCCCGCAAAUGGUCAAAACAUAUGGGCGAUUCCGACAGCGAAUUGCACACAGAGACGCCAAAAUUGCUGAGGACUUUGCUCGUGUAACCAGUGUGCGGCCGAUCCUAGCGGACUUGCUGGACUCGAGCUCCUCUGACAGCGAUUUUGUAGAAAAGGCUCCACAGAUAUCGACGCCAAAGUCCAGAAAGAGCAGCUCGGCGGCCUCCAGGGCGAUUACACCGGCUAAAGCAUUGUUAAAUAGUGUACCUGCUUUUAGCAAGCCAGCUUUAAUAGCCACACCCCACGAAGUCAAAUCCGGCUCUCGAGAGGUCAUCAACAGCGACACUUCCGACACAGAGAACAUUGCGCCAGCGACAGCACCAACGCCAAAGCCCAAGUCAAAGGCGAAGGUGAAGGCAAAGGCAAACGAGACUCCAAAAACCAAGCCUAGGGCAGUCUCAAAACCAAUCACAAAAAGCAAGCUAAAACCGAGAAUCACUCCUAAGGUGAAGCCCAGGAAGAAAGUGGAAGUACCCGCAGAUGAGAAGGCUGCUACAACUGGUAAGUGUGUACUUAUUCCAAAACAACCUUUGUCCUGAAAACACUUAUCGAUGGAUACCAAACAAGCCUUGUCACUCAAUUGGCAUGGAUCUGUUUCUGAGUAAACAAUUUGUCGUUUUUAAUAGGCCCACCCGAUGCAGCUGAGCCCAUAAGUGCAGAGGACAU